CAAAGACCACAGAUGACAGCACGAAUCGCCAGGAGCAGCACGCGCGGACACACGCUACAGACAACGUCAGGCUAUAAUUUUAGUAGGUAGCCUAGAUAGCAAGACAGUUAAAUUAACUAAUCUCGAGUAGCUAAACUAACACGUUUUACGGACAAUUUACAGCGUUUUAUAUAAUAUAAUCAGAUCACCAGAAGCACAUCUCGCUUUUAAAUAACCAGUAAUCCAGUCAUAAUAAUAUUCUGCAGGGUUAGGCGUGUUAAAAUGAAGAACACUCAACAGGGCAACUGGAAAACGAUUUACGGCAAGCAGAUGACAGGGAUCAAAAAGUUUAAACGAAAAGGGAGAGAUCCAGUAAAACAUGUCAACGCAUUUGAAAGCUUAACGCAUGAACCUGAAAUGAAUGAGGAUUCGAACAGAAGUCUCUUGGUAGAGACGAGCAGAAGCAAGAGUUUGGAGAGACUGCAUGAUCGGGACACUGAUGCGGACCACAAAGCGCCCCCAAGAAGAAACUCUAAUACAGCUAUCGAUAUGAGUGUUAGUUCUUUAUCUUCCGUGGCUGGGCGCCUAGCUUCAUCUCAAUCCCAGCCGUCGUCUCCAGCUUCAGCUAAGGACACCUUCAGAAACGCAUCCCCGCAGGUCACCAGCUUUGACCAUCAGCAGCCGUUUGCGCCAGAUCGCUCUUUCCAAUCGCGGAUUGUAUUGUGCCAACGUUUAUCUGAGAGAUCUUUCUCGUCAGUCCCACAGGCGUCUUACAUGAAUAAUAGCGACGAGGCAUCGCCAAGGAAACGGCUGGGAGAAACGUCUGCCGUCGUCACUGAGAUCAAAGCCAUUCAGCAGACACGGAGGCUGCUGGCUAACGCUCGAGAGAGGACCCGUGUGCAUACCAUCAGUGCCGCCUUUGAGGCGCUAAGAAAGCAGGUGCCCUGCUACUCCUAUGGUCAGAAGCUCUCCAAGCUGGCCAUCCUGAGAAUUGCCUGCAACUACAUCCUCUCACUGGCCCAGCUGGCAGAGCUUGACUACAGCCCUGACCACAGCAAUGUUAGUUUCGCAGAGUGUGUGGAGCAGUGCACGAGAACACUGCAGGCUGAGGGCCGGUCCAAGAAGAGGAAGGAAUAGAAUGAAGAAUGGCCAGAAGAUAAAAUAAUUGUAAAUCCCUUCCCAUCCAAAAGCUUCUUACAAGUGAAAAAUCUUCACCUACUCGCUCAACACGUCCAAGACUGAGCCCAGUAGGGUCUGAUCGACGGCAAGUUUUUUGUUUCCACCACAGUUGGCAAAUAUCUCUGCCAAGGGCUUUCUGCUCUGACAAACUGUUGUAUGCAAAGGACAUAGAGGCGUCUGAAAGUGGAUACAAUCUGGCAGUGCUAUCACACAAAGAAUCUACCGUUUCUAUUAGCACUUCCAUUUUUUUCUUCAUAAAUGUUUUUUUUCCCACUUACUUUCAUGGAUUUCAUCAUUGAUAAAAAUUCUUGUGAUUCCACUGAAAUCAUUAUGAUUACAGCAUCUUGACAUGUGCUGGAUAAGCUGAUUCACCACUUCACAGACAUUAACCAAGUGAGCCUAGUGCAUCAUUACACUCAAUAUAUGCUGUACAGUAUGCUUCAAAAGACGCACUGCAAUAUUUUCCCUUUUUUGAAGGAAUCAUUGAUAAAAUCCUGUAAUAUCAGCCACAUAGACUCCUUUGUAAAAUCUAUGUAUUUAUUAGCUCUGGCUAAGACGAUUGGUCAUUGGUGUUAAGAGUAAAUAAAAACAUAGAAUGA